UUCUGUCAAACUCAAACAAUAAAAUUGACGUAUCAAUACUUGAGUUUGAACAGCACUUCUUUUCUUUUUCAUUCUGUUUCUACGUGAAAUAUAAGAUAUUAUUCCUUAGAACCAAUUGUGGGACCGUGGAGAAAUCUUAGAACUUGCAAGAGGAGGAACCUCAAACCCUAGAGCAAAAUAUGGGACUUGAGUAAAAUCAUCUAAAAUAAUCUCGUUCAACAGCUCCCGGUCUAUACCAGCAAAAGCUAGCAAAGGCAAAGCUCCGAUAUGGGUCGCCGCAAGUCAAAAAGGAAGCCGCCGGCGAAGAGGAAAGCCAUAGAGCCGCUUGAUCAACAAUUCAACUGCCCAUUUUGUAAUCACGAAAAAUCCUGUGAAGUUAAAAUGGAUCGAGCAAGAAAUACAGCUCGAAUACAAUGUCGAGUGUGUUUAGAAGACUUUCAAACCACCACCAAUGUACUGUCUGAGCCCAUAGAUGUUUAUAAUGACUGGGUAGAUGCUUGUGAAAGCGCAAAUUAGCUUUUAGGUUAUAAUGCCCUUAAUGUGUGUAAUGGGAGUCUCUAUAAAAUCUUAUUGAUAAUAUGUAUUUUUAACUGACGAAAAAAACAGAGGAGGUUCUCAAGUUGACGCAUAUAUUUAAAAAAAAAUGUACUUUAGUGUCAAUUCCAGUAACAAUCUUAGUUAUUUUAAAAUAUGCAUCUCACUGAUUCUUAAAAGGUUAAUGAACAUAUAAACUUAUUAACACUUUCGGUGCUAGGCGCCCUGUUUCCAGUACAAAAUGAACACACUUACAUGGUCUUGGCAGUGAAUGUGUUAAAAGCUUGUUUCUGUAAGGAAUGAUCACAGAUCUCAGGCUAAGUGUAUGCCAUAUUAUUGUCUUGUAACUUAAAUUGUACCAGAUUAUUAAUACUGAUCCUUGACUAUUUUUAAAACAUCUGAGCACCUUGCUACUCAUGAGCUACAUUGGGGUUUGAUUUGUAUCACACCUUUCCAGUCAAUGUCUGUUUGAUUUGUCACCAUUGUUGUUGCCAUUCUCUAAUAGGUAAUUUCCUGUUAUGGAUCAUUUUCAAACCAACUUACCAAGUUUAAGGUAUUUUUGUAUACAGUAAGCCAAAUUUGCCCCAGUUUACUACCUAAUGCACCUUGUAUUUUGCCAUGUUCCAGCAAUUUGCAGGACAAUCAGAUAUCAAAAUGAAUCUAGUUUUUUUACCUUCGAGGAAAAAACCAUAGUUUAUAAACUUAAGAGCAACUAAUUUUAUUACAUAAUGAUGGUUAAAUUAUAAAGGAACUUAUAGGUCAAUAAAAACAUGAAAUCAAA